GUCUGAGAGGAACAGUAUAAAUUGCUGUAAAGACAUAAGGAGGGAAAACCCACCGUUUCAUCAGAUGUGUACAAGUACUAGAAAAGUAACAAGCAGUUGUCUUUAAGUCUCAACACUGAGCCUGACGAGGACUAUGGCAGCAGUGGACUGGGUCUUCCUGCUGGCUGCUGCGCUGUCUCUGGCAUUCGCUGUGGCACACAACCACAGCGGGGAGAUAGAUACCUACCAUGUGAGCGCUGGCCACCUUUUUGUCCUGAGGUGCCUCAUAGCUGAUGCUCACACCAACGUGACCUGGAGCAGAGGCAGGAGGCGAAACCUGAGCCUGCCCGCUGGAGUGGAGGUCAGGGACGGAUUAUUGUGGUUUCUGCCUGUGCAGAUGUCUCAUAAUGGAUCCUACACCUGUGAGAAAAGGGAUGAGACAGGACUGAGGAUGGAGUUUGCUGUGUCGGUGUCCAGUGGAGAGUGUCCUGAUCCAUCUGAGACCAGAUACAUCACAGAGGGAGUCAGUGAACGUCUUCCUUGCAAACAGCGCGAGAUCUUCGGACUGAAUAACACAGGGAUUGUACGAUGGAUGAAGGACUGCCAUCCAGUGGAGCGGCAAGGGGAGCCCAUCUCCGUGGAGGAGGAGGGCUUCAUGAGACUGCCAGCGGCCUCAGAGGAGGAUGCUGGGAAAUACACCUGCCUGGUAGACAUUAGCUUGAACGGCAGGAAGUACACCACUGCACGCAGCAUCCGGCUGAAGAUUAAAAAAAGGGACGCAAGUACAGUUUUUAUGGAGCCUGAGAUCCUGUUCCCUCAAAACGAAGUGAUCGUGGUAGAAGUGGGUACGAGAGUGGAGCUGAAGUGUUUAGCCUACAUGGGCGCCAGUGAGGACAAUGAGACUUUAAUGUUUUGGACUGUUGACACGACCGACUCUGAUGACCUAGACGAACUCAGCUUGUCCACGAAAUAUACUCGUGAUAGAGGCAGGGUGUACUGCUUGUCCACUCUGUCCAUCUCUGAAGUUCGUCAUAAGUUCCUGAAUGUCCCCAUUCGAUGCUAUGUAAGGAGCCCAGCUGAUGAGAAAGUCGGGUUGUUGAGGCUCCAAGAAGCUGACCACAGUGCCCUCUACACCAGUGUUGCACUCUGCCUCGCUGCCUCCCUGACUACUCUGGCCCUGGCUGCUGCCUUCCACUUAUUUAAAGUAGAUCUAGUGUUGGUUUACAGGAAACUGCUGAGAUCUUUUUCCAAACAACAAGCUCCAGAUGGGAAGCUCUACGACGCCUACGUGAGCUUCCUCCGUCCCGACACUUUGAGUUCAGCUGGGAUGGCGAGCUUCGCCCUGCACAUCCUGCCCGAGGUGCUGGAGAACCAACAUGGCUACUCCCUGUACAUCAGAGGUCGGGACGACUGCCCUGGAGAAGCGGUGCACGAUGUCAUUUCUGCAACACUGCGCCAGUGCCGCAGGCUGAUAAUCAUCCUGUCACCUGAGGCAAAAAGUUCCACUCAUGGAGGACAAGAAGAAGAGCCGUUGUGUGACAACCAAAAGCAGCUGUGCUAUGAGCAGAAAAUCGGCCUCUAUGACGCGUUGACCCAGAACGACUCCCGGGUGAUUCUCGUAGAAAUCGGUGGUCCAGUGGAUUACAGCUGCCUGCCAGAGUCUUUGCGGUAUAUCAAGAGGAAACAAGGAUCACUGGAGUGGAAGAAACCCUCCCCGUUGUGUUCAAACAGAAACUUCUGGAAGAAUUUAAGGUACCACAUGCCCUCAGUGCCUGCAGGGAGACUCCAGACUGUUGUCUAAACCAAGUGAAUAGCUUUCAUUUACCCAAAGCUUUUGCAGAUGUUUUGUUUGUUCCAUCAGGGCCUUCAGGCCUGUUUCCUAGAAGCACUUUUAUUUUUGACGUGACAUGUUCCUGGAAACAAACAAAAGCAGUUGACCUGCUCAUUGGCAGCUUGCACAGUGAAUGUCACACUGUGCGCAAUCAGGUUGGACCAACAUCUGCUGGAUUUCCUAAAGAUACAGAAGAGGAAUACUUUACAGAUGAUGCUGCUUUGCUCCAUAGAUUACAGGCUUUCAUCUUCUGCUCCUUUUAUCCCUUCUUCCCCACCUUGACGAAUGCUUUAUGAAAGUGACGUGCUCCAGAGAAAGAGAGAAAACCUGACAGAAGCAGUUGCACUCUGUUUUCAGUAGUUAGAUAAUGAUCAGAACAGAGUGCAGAAAGCACUGUAGCUACACAGUUGUGCUGAGAAGGACAUCGAUGAAGAUCAGUUCGAUUUCAGCUGCCUUUUGCUCCGUUCACACGAACAGAAAACUUUAUACACAUAACAGCAUUGAGUGUUUCACUUCAACAUUAAACAUCCAAUGACUGAUUUAACCUGUUUGUCCUGAAACUGCAUGUGUUCACUAUCUGACAACUGUCUGAAGGUUAGGUAAGGUAGGGUAUUUGAAAGGAUGCUAAGGUUUAUAUUUAUAAGACUGUGUUAUUAUUGAUAAAAUGGCUGUGGAUUGGUCUACAGAGUGUUAUGCAUUUCUUUUCCUUACCUAGAAACUGAUAUAAACCUGUAUUUAUAUGAUCUUUUUGAUGUAUUGUAAUGUGCUACACCACCCCUGAUAAGUGUGUGGCCUUAUGUUCUCUUAUUAAAGUCCAGGCCUCAUGUGAGAGAUGAAUAAAGACACUUGAUCGGGUAAGCUGGGUAUGGUUUAGAUUGUGUCCAUGCUAAUUUCACUUCCAACAUUGGUUGUGGAUUCUGGGUUUUCAUCAAAUCCUUGUUCUCAUUCCUGGAAUAUAUAUUAAAGUUUUUGCGGAAAGAAACCAAAACAUGUAAAAAAAAAUAAUAAUAAAACAUCAUUU